UGUGACGCGGUGCAGGACGGGAAGAGCCGGGUUUGAAGCGCCAUGGCGGCCCCGAGCCCGGCCCCGGGGGAGGCCGCGGACGAGGAGCAGCGGUACCGGGGGUUCGUGACCAGCGCGAAGGCGGCGGCGGGCGACGGGGACCUGGAAGAGGCGCUGCGGCUGUUCCGGCUGGCGGCCGCCAUCCGCCCCAGCGAGAAGCUGCGGGGCCGCAUGCAGCGGGUGGAGGAGGCGCUGGCAGCGGCGGCGGCCGAGCAGGAAGAGCAGGAGGAGGAGGAGGAUGAAGGCUUCGUGGAUGUGUGCGGCAGCGGCCUGCUGAUCUACGGGGAGAUGCACGAGAAGCUGUUCCAGCACCAGCGGGAAGGCGUUGCAUUCCUGUACCGCCUGCACCGGGAGGGCAGGCCAGGUGGCAUCCUGGCAGAUGACAUGGGCCUGGGCAAGACCAUCCAGGUCAUCGCCUUCCUCUCGGGUAUGUUCGACGCUGAGCUCAUCCAGCAUGUCCUGCUCAUCAUGCCCACCACCCUGGUCAGCAGCUGGCUGGCCGAGUUCGCUCGCUGGACCCCCGGCUUGCGUGUCAAGGAGUUCCACGGCUCCAGCAAGGCGGAGCGCACCAGGAACCUGGAGAGGGUCCAGAGGAAGAACGGCAUCGUCAUUACGAGCUACAAUAUGCUCAUUAACAACUGGAAGCAGCUGGCCAGUCGCCACGAGGAGGAGUUUGUCUGGGACUACGUCAUUCUUGACGAAGCACAUAAGAUCAAGUGCUCAUCAAACAAGACGACGAAGUGCGCGUACGCAAUCCCAGCCCGGCACCGCAUCCUGCUCACGGGCACCCCCGUGCAGAACAACCUGCGGGAAAUGUGGUCCUUGUUUGACUUUGCCUGCCAAGGCUCCCUCCUGGGAACAGCCAAAACUUUUAAAAUGGAAUAUGAGAAUCCCAUUACCAGGGCGAGGGAGAAGGAUGCAACUCCAGGUGAGAAAGUGCUGGGGCUAAAGAUAUCAGAGAAUCUCAUGGCCAUUAUAAAGCCCUAUUUCCUCAGAAGAACUAAGGAAGACAUCAAAAGCUAUUCUGCUGAUAAAGCAGAUGCUCCUCUUCCAAGUGAGAACAGGGCUCCUGUCAUGCCAUCUCUCACUAGGAAAAAUGACUUUGUUGUGUGGGUGUAUCUGGCACCGGUACAGGAAGAAAUAUACAGGAACUUUCUCUGCCUGGAUCACGUGAAGGAAGUGCUGAUGACAACCCGAUCACCUUUGGCUGAGCUGACAGUCCUGAAGAAGCUCUGUGACCACCCCAGGCUUCUGUCUGCAAGAGCCUGUAUCCAGCUGGGCUUGGAAGAGCAGGAGUACUUUGAGCAGGAUCAUAGGAGCGAAGGAGAUAUGCUUUCAGGUGCAAAUAAAAUAGAUCAUCUCUCUGAUGAGACCAUGAUCCAGGAGUCUGGGAAGAUGCAGUUCCUCGUGGGACUGCUCGAACGACUGCGAGAAGAGGGACACCGAACCCUGGUGUUCUCACAGUCGAGGAAGAUGCUGGAUAUCAUAGAGCUCGUCCUGUCUCGCCGACAAUUCCGCAUCCUGCGCAUUGAUGGCACGGUGACCCACCUGACGGAGCGGGAGAAGCGCAUCAAUGCCUUCCAGAGCAACACGGACUACUCCGUCUUCCUGCUCACCACGCAGGUUGGGGGCGUCGGCAUAACCUUGACAGCAGCCAGCCGAGUGGUGAUCUUUGAUCCCAGCUGGAAUCCAGCGACCGACGCUCAGGCUGUGGACAGAGCUUACAGGAUCGGGCAGAAAGAGAACGUAGUGAUUUACAGGCUGAUCACCUGCGGCACCGUGGAAGAGAAGAUAUACAGGCGGCAGGUGUUUAAGGAUUCGUUAAUCAGACAGACCACUGGUGACAAAAAGAACCCGUUCCGCUAUUUCUCCAAACAGGAACUAAGGGAGCUCUUCACGCUGGAAGAUACUCGGACGUCUGUGACUCAGAUCCAGCUGCAGUCCCUGCACGCCAUGCAGAGGAAGUCCGACACGCAGCUGGACGAGCACAUUGCUUACCUGCACUCGCUGGCAAUGUUUGGCAUUUCUGACCACAACUUGAUCUACACGAAGGACACUGCUCACGAGGAGCAAGUGGAGAGCGAGGAAGCCCAUGAGUACAUCCAGCGGAGGGUACAGAAAGCCCAUGAGCUGGUCCAGCUGGAGUCCCAGCUCAGAGACCAGAGGAUGGAGGGGAUCAGAAAUGCCUGUGCAGAGGAGUGGCAAAGACCACCAGGAUUGGUUUCUGGACCCAAGAAAUUGUCUCCGGGGGUGAAUGACAAAAAUCACUUUAUUUCACCACCGGUAGCUGAUGCACAUGAAAAAGACAAAUUUAUUGACUUUACAGAGGAUGAGGAGGUCCAGGUACUUGAUGUCAGCUCCAAAAUGACAACUCUAACUAUUGAUGACUCGAGUGAGCAGAAACUGCCACAAGACGUGUCAAGUAUGGAGACAGAGCUGCUUAAUACCAACAAGGUAGCAGAACAAGGUGAUAUACAAGAAUCUGAGCAAAAUCCUGAAUCCAGCAUUAUAUCAUCAUCCCCUGCACUUGAGAAAGACAGUCGGAGCCUCCAAGCGAAACAGCAUUCCCAUGUACAUUCAGACAGCUUGGCUAAGGCAGGGAAUGACCUGUCUGGGCAUCAUCAGCAUUCCUCCAACGAGUCUGACGUAGCUGACAAUCCUGAAAGGGAUGCAGAAAUGUCAGUUCAGGUACUUGACCCGCACACUGCCCUGGGGACAGAGCAGAAGGACGUUCCUGAGGCGGCUUCCACUUCCACAGUGCUGAUCUUAUCAGAUGUCACACCAGAAAUCCACGGUGGACUCUGCAAGUCUCGUGUGCUGGAAGACAACUUGGAGGACACAUCUGUGCUUUCUCUCCAGGAUCAAGUUGACUUCAAUCUGGUCUUGGAGGAGUCUGAAGAGGGAUGGAAGGAUGCCUCAAAUAGGGAAAGGUCAGUGGAACACCCCAAGGAGAGCUUCCAACUCCAGGCAGAAAGUUUGUGUCAGUCUCCAACCAAAGAAUCUCCAAACAAAAGUCGGCUGAGUGAGACCAGUAACCGUGGCAAACCCUGUCCCGCAGAUGAGGAAGAGCCAAAUGCCUCCCUGCAAGGGAGUGAAGCAUUGGAGGAAAGCAGUGGUCUCUUUACUUUUAGUAGGAGGAAAUGCUUAAACAGAAUUGCUUCAGACAGCGAGAGUGAAGAACAGCCAGAACAAGUGCCCUCCUCUCCCUUGGACAGCCUUGGGCACCAACUUCGGGAAGGAAUUAGUGCGUCCACCCCUAAAUGUGACAGAAGCAGAGCUAGAGCCAUCUUUUCUCCUCAACUAAGUAACAGUGGUAGCAGGUCUAAUGCUUCCAGGCGCUCGUUCAUCAACAAAGUAGUAGAUGAGGUGGAGGAUAUUGGGGAAAUCAUGGAAACCACUGGUGAAGAAGGUGAUGAUGACACUGAUGAGGAGCAAGACAAGCUUGUGGAAGAAGAAGCUGAGGAGUGCACUGGGGAAUCUGCUGAGACUGAAGAAGAACCUACUGGAGAAACACUUGAUACAGGUGAAGAGUCCUCCCAUGUAGACAGCGAGGAAUCUGAGCAGUCUGAGGAGGAGGAGACGGAGUCGUCUCAGGAGGAAUCCACUGGUGACCCUGAGCUCCAGUCGGGUGAGCAGAUCGACUACUUCACCCAGGAAAUCGUCUCUGAAAAGGAGGUUGGUCAGAAUUCCUCUCCUGCUGUGGGAGAUUACGACACCUUGGUACACAAUGGGAAGAAACUUCAGAAUGAUGGGAAACUCCAGGAGGCAUUGGACUGCUUCCUCCAAGCUCUUGACAUAAAAAGUGGAGAUCCUGAAGUCAUGCUUCUGACUCUAAACUUGUACAGACAGCUGUCACAGAAGUGAAGGGUGUGGCUCUGUGAGCACAGUCUGGCUGUUCCUUGUUAACACGUGUCUGCACCAGGAUCCCUGGCACCAGGAUCCCUGAGCCAGCUCCAGGCUGGUGCCUGCCAUACACUAGUGUGACUGAGCAAACUCAGCAUCUCCUCUGUGAGGAAACAGUCCAAGAAUCCAGGUGUUGAAUGCCGGGGAGGGAACUUCACUGUGGAGUCAGCUCACAAAGGUGAAAAUAGUUCAUAUUUCUGUCUGGUUAUAUAAUAAAAUGAUGUUGU